AUGGAUGACCUGGAGUCCCUGGAGCUGUUGUCGCUCGUGUCCCGAGUGACCAACGAGCUCCAGAAUCACCUGGGUAUCAACGACAAAACGCUGGCUGAAUUCGUUAUUGACCAGCACCUCAAAUGCAAUGGCAACUUUCCCGAAUUCAAGGCAGGUCUCGAUGAGAUAGGCGCCGAAUUCCCACAGAGCUUGAUGGAGAGUGUCGACCGCCUUGUCCUCACGAUGCACCCGAAAUACAAAGGGAAGAAGAAGGAGGAGAAUGGCCACGACGCUGUCGCAGAAGAUGACCUGAUGGAUGAAUUCGGUGCUCUGGAGCGCAAAUCCCGCGUUUUCAAGGGCCUUGCUGUUCCGGAUAGAGACAACCGUUGGGAGGAAGACGACUACCUCGAUAACAAAGGGAACGACGACCAAGCUGGUGGAGCUAUGGAUGAUACAUUUGCGAUGCUUGAAGGAUUGGCAGGGAAGCCAAAGGACGAAAAACCGCGCCAUUCAAAAGACGAACGCGACGGCAGGAAACGCAGCCGCAGCCCUAUCGAUGACGAUAACCGUGGGCGCCGACACCGCGAUAAAUACCGUUCUAGAUCUCGGAGCGCGCAUCGACGCAGCAAGAACGACGAAUUGGUGGAUGAAUUUGGAAGAUCUAUUGGAAAAUACGGCGGUAGGGAGGAAAGCCACCGCAAUGGCCACAGUGAUCGGCACAAGCGUCGGGAUCGCGAAAGAGAUGAUCACUUCGAUAAAGCACCACCCAUGGAAUUGGAUGACCAUCCUGUCAUCUACAAAGUUUAUGAUGGUCGUGUGACAGGUGUCAAGGAUUUCGGUGCUUUUGUCAAUCUCAAAGGAGUCAAAGGCAAGGUUGACGGUCUUGUUCACGUUUCGGCGAUGCAGGAAGGCGCGCGGGUGAACCACCCUUCUGACCUUGUAUCGCGUGACCAACCUGUCAAGGUUAAGGUGGUUAAGAUUGAAGGCACACGCAUCGGACUUUCGAUGAAGGAGGUCGACCAAACUACAGGGCGGGAUCUGAUUCCCCAACGCCGUCUGGCCUCAGGUGCCAACAUGGAACGCCUCGAUGGCUCAUCAUCAGAUGAUAGGUAUGGAGCGCUGAGCUCUGAUAUUCCCAUCAUCGAGGACUCUGGCAGGCCAAUGAGGAACCGGAAGCGCAUGACCUCGCCAGAACGCUGGGAAAUCCGACAGCUCAUUGCAUCGGGAGUUGCUUCAGCAGCCGACUACCCAGACCUUGAGGAGGAAUACAAUGCGACGCUCACUGGCGAGGGCACAUUUGAAGAGGAGGAAGACGUUGAUAUCGAGGUUAGAGAUGAGGAGCCUCCAUUCCUGGCUGGCCAGACUAAGCAGUCUCUUGAGCUUUCUCCCAUUCGUGUUGUCAAGGCUCCUGAUGGAUCGAUGAACCGUGCGGCGAUGUCCGGCGCAAAUCUUUCCAAGGAAAGACGCGAAUUAAAACAGCAAGAAGCACAGGACAAGGCGGCCGAGCGAGCAGCCGAUGUUGACCUCAACGCCCAGUGGCAUGAUCCGAUGGUUGCAGCUGAGGAUCGAAAAUUUGCUGCAGACCUACGCAGUACCCAGCAACAGGACGAAUCUGUGCCAGAAUGGAAGAAGGUCACAAUGGGCAAGAAUGUGUCACUGGGAAAGCGAACUGACAUGUCUAUCAAACAACAACGCGAGAGCUUGCCCGUGUAUAAGUUCCGCAAGCAACUGCUUGAUGCAGUGAAAGACAACCAGUUGAUGAUUGUUGUUGGAGACACUGGAUCGGGAAAAACCACACAACUCACGCAAUACCUGGCAGAGGCAGGGUAUGGAAACAAUGGCAUGAUCGGCUGCACUCAACCUCGCCGUGUGGCCGCCAUGUCCGUUGCCAAGCGUGUGUCCGAGGAAGUAGGCUGCAGACUCGGUGCCGAAGUUGGAUAUACUAUUCGUUUCGAGGAUUGCACCAGCCCAGAGACUAAAAUCAAGUACAUGACCGACGGUAUGCUUCAACGAGAGAUUCUGCUGGAUCCAGAUCUCAAGAGGUACUCCGUCAUCAUGCUUGACGAAGCCCACGAGCGAACUAUUGCUACCGAUAUUCUGUUUGGACUAUUGAAGAAAACCAUCAAACGACGACCAGAUCUCCGAUUAAUCGUCACAUCGGCCACUCUUGAUGCUGAAAAGUUUUCGGUAUACUUCAACGGCUGCCCUAUCUUUUCUAUCCCAGGACGAACUUUCCCCGUCGAAAUUAUGUACUCGAAGGAGCCCGAGUCCGAUUACCUGGAUGCUACUCUUAUUACCGUGAUGCAGAUUCACUUGACUGAGCCUGCCGGAGAUAUUCUGGUUUUCCUAACGGGACAAGAAGAGAUUGACACGUCUUGUGAGAUUUUAUACGAGCGAAUGAAAGCUCUCGGUCCUUCAGUACCGGAGCUUGUCAUCCUACCCGUUUAUUCUGCACUUCCUAGUGAGAUGCAAAGUCGUAUUUUCGAGCCGGCACCGCCUGGCGGGUAA